CUCUCUUUCAUCCUUCCUUUCACCCUCUCUCUUUCUUCCUCCGGGCAGUGCCUUUCCUUGCAUUCACCUUUUGUCUCUCCGCCUCGCUGGGGCGGGGCUCAUUUAUUUCCAUGUAAGGAACAGUGGGGUUGCCCGCGACUGACCCAGGGUUCUGACAUGCUGGCGGUGAGCUGCCCCUCAACUCAGGGGAGGGAAAAGACUUAGGUCCUGAAGGCCCUGUUUGGGAUGUGCCACGCGAGGGGGGCGUCGCUGAUCCCAUAGCAGUUACUGAUCUUGCUCUCAGGAAGAUUUUCCUUGAAAUUCAGCCUCAUUUUUCCCAAAUUAUUUCUCCUAGAUGUUCAGAUUGCAUUUUUUCAGAUUCUGUUCAUGCUGUUACUGCUCUGCCAGUUCGUCCUGUCUCACUAGGCCUCCUGGUUUUAUUUUCUGUCUCAUAAUUUAGUAUAAACUGAGUUUCUUCCUUUCUCUAGAUCAUUAAUGAAGCUGUCGGCUAAGACCCGUUCUUCUUUAGGACCCUUUUGCUAGUUUUUGUUCCUGCUGACAGUCCAAGGCGAUUUGAAUGAAUCGGAGAGUGUGAUUUUGUUGGGCCCUGUAUGGCAGUGUGCACUGCAGACCUUUUCGCGCACGCUAGCAGGAUACACGUGGUCAGUUAAUGUGCAGCAGGCUGGCAUGCUGUUCAUUCACGUCCUGACUGGCCACACACUGAGUGUCUGGUGGACAAACCCUGAGUCCAUCCCAGUGCUCCUGGUGCGGAGCGGCUAGCACUGCCCCUUGCCUGGGCUCAGUCGAAAGGUUCAGUGUCAUCCAGGGGUGAAAUCCUGGCCCCGCUGAAGGCAAUGACAAAACUCCCAUUGCCUUCAGUAAGGCCAGUACUUUGGCCAAAUACACAGCAAACUAAGCCACCUGAUUGGCUCAGUUUGGAAGGGAGCCCAGCAGGAGGUGCUGGCAGUGUUUCCAAAUGUCCCUGCAUAUCUAGGUGCUCUGGGUGGGGGGGGGAGGGGCACUGAAAUCAAUGGAUUCCCCCCCCAUCCCCUUCCCAGGAAAGUACUGCUCAGCAUGCAAAAGGGAGGCAGAAUCUGGCCCUUCCUGGUUCCCUCCUGUGCUAUGCCGGAUGGGGCACUGUGCCCACCCAGUGGCUGCAUGCCCAGUUGCUUUGUGACCAGUCUCUCGGCGCUGGCGUUUUUCACUUGCCCUGGGCGAAUGGUUCAGCUGGCCCCAUCCAGGAGCCAGCCCUGCUGCUGAGAUCAUGUUAGCUCACAAGUCCAGUCACACACAAGUGGUCACUGCAGGCCAGGGCCUGAUUCAGCCCCCACCCCACCACUCCAUGAAACCCACAGGACAAUCUGGGGCAUUGUGAUCUGCUCAUUGUGAGAAAGGGAGCAGGGCCAGGCCCUUAAUGAGCUGAGACUCUGAAGCCAUCACACGUUGGAGAUCCCAGAAACUCACUGUGUCCUGGAGAACAAGGAGUAUCUGGAAAGGUCAGACAUCUCCCAUCCGGCUUGCACUCCCCCGGGGCCGGCUGCUCUGUCGCAGCUCCCGCUGGUCUGUUACCUAGCAUUCCUGGAGCAAAUCAUUCAGCUCCUCCCUGGUAGCAAGCUCUCGCUGCACAGUAGGGGCAGUAAUCAGCUCCCUGCUCCAUUACCAUUGGCAUCACGGUGGACAAGCCCUCAGCACCUCCCGUUGCUCUGCGAAUCCGAGGUGGUUCUGUUGGUCAUCUGCUUUCAACAAGCAUCCUCGAGUGCUUCCCACUGAGCAGUUGCUACAGCCUCACUAUUGUAAGAGGACCCGGAACCCUGUUCCCCCCCGGCUUUCUCUGGCACUAAAGAAUGAGCUGUUCCCGGGUCAGAGUUCAGUAACCGCCUGGAAAACCCCCCAUCCAUUUGCCCUGGGCUUGGGGGAAUUGCCAGAGUUAUUGUCAGUGGGUCAGAGUGGGCUAGAAUGUUCUUUGGCCCAGAAAUCCAUGGGAUCCAUGUCCCCAUCAGCUGGUCUGAGACGCCCCGGCCCCGGCUGCCCCGGCCCCGGCGCGCUCCCUCUUCUGUGCCGCUGGUCACAGAACCUGCCCCAGCUCCAGGAGCAGGAACUGCAGGCAGCCCACAAAGAGCCGGGUGCCGACUGGAUUUUCAGAGGGGCUCAGUGUUGGCCUCGCUGUGCAGUCGGGGGGUGGGGCUGGCCCCAGAGAACGGUCCAAGCGGAGCACCCCAUAAACUCUCACCCUGUCCCUUGAACUGGGCUCCGGUUUGGGACGUGGACUGUUCUAUACAGCGCCUUGCAGCGUGCGUGUGAAGUAGAGCUUGGGCAGCUUUCCAGCCCCAUGGCUCCUGGCCCUGCCUGUGCUGGUUAGGUAGAGCAGCCCCUAUCCUGGACGCUGUCCCACAGGCUAUGCUCCUUCUGUGCAAAGGGCCAGGAAUGCAGAGCCGAUCAGCUGCUUUAGGAUGUAUAAGGAAGAUUAAACCCAGUGCCCUCCAUGUACACUGAGGGCUGUUGUGCUCAGGGUGGCUCCAGCCACUGGCGACACUUGAUUUGCUGCUAGGCUCCCGCUGUCCGGCGGGGCUCCACAGGGAAGGUGCAUGCCAGCGGAGCACAGCUAGCCAGAUGGUGGCAGAGGUGAAAGUAAGCCGGUAUGGCAUACUGGCAAGAGCCGGUACACAGCUGACCAUACCAGCUGGACUCAGCUUCCACCAGCCUGCAAUUUAAAGGGCCCUUUAAAUCACUGCCAGAGCCCUGGGGUAGCGGCGGCCCUUUAAAUCACCGCCCCAGGCUCUUUAAGCCACCUCCGCUACCCUGGGGCUCCAGCAGCAAGGCUCUGGCAGUGAUUUAAAGGGUCUGGGGCUCCACUGCGGUAGCAGCGGACGGAUUUAAAGGCCACGCCUCUUCCGGUGUUAGGCCCCGCUCCCUUCCAGUUGAGGUCCCGCCCCCCUGCUAAGGAUUCCAGCUUACCAGUAAGUCCUUUAAGUUACUUUCACCCCUGGACGGUGGGCUUAGGAAAGUGCUGUUACCAGGAGGCUGUUGCCUGGGGAGUCUCCAGGGGUGUUUGAGGGUUACAGAGCUGGGGUGGAGGGCGCUCCUGGAGCUGCGGGGAGGGAGAACUGGCCAGGACCCCUACUUGUGCGAGUUCCAACUGGCCUGCCUGUCUCCUGCCAGGCUGGGAUGGAGCUGGCGUGGUCCCUUGCUGAGGAAUGGAGAAGAGCAAUUGAGAAGCUCAGCGGCCACCAGUUUGAGAACUAUUCCUUCAAGAUUUCCUACAUCCCGGAUGAAGAGGUGAGCUCCCCUCCGCCCUCUCAGCGGUCCCGCCGGGGGGGCCGUGCCUCCAGGGAGCGGGGCCCCUCCCCGGGGGGCUCCUCACAGCCCAAACAGCUCGAUUUCCCACUGCGGAUCCUGGUCCCCACGCAGUUUGUUGGUGCGAUCAUAGGAAAGGAGGGCUUGACCAUAAAGAACCUCACUAAGCAAACCCAGUCCAAGGUAGACAUCCAUCGGAAGGAGAAUGCCGGUGCUGCUGAGAAGCCAAUCACCAUCCACGCCAGCCCCGAAGGGUGCUCUGAAGCAUGCCGCAUGAUCCUCGAUAUCAUGCAGAAAGAAGCGGACGAGACUAAAUCCGCCGAAGAGGUUCCCUUGAAAAUCUUAGCACACAACAGUCUAGUUGGGAGACUGAUCGGCAAAGAGGGACGAAACCUGAAGAAAAUUGAGCAAGACACAGGGACCAAGAUCACCAUCUCUCCUUUACAGGAUUUAACCAUUUAUAACCCUGAACGGACCAUUACGGUGAAGGGCAGCAUCGAGGCCUGCUCCAAUGCCGAAGUGGAGAUCAUGAAGAAGUUGCGAGAGGCCUAUGAGAAUGAUAUUGUCGCCGUCAACCAACAAGCCAACCUGAUCCCCGGGCUGAACCUCAGCGCACUAGGGAUCUUCUCCACGGGGCUGUCCAUGCUGCCCUCUGCAGCGGGAGCCCGCGGAGCUGCUGCAGCUGCCUCCUACAACCCCUUUGCGAGCCCCUCGGCAUACCUCUCGGGUCUGUACGGAGCCUCCCCCAUUGGCGCCUUCCCACAGCAGCACUCUUUGCCGGCACAGGAGGUUGUGAAUUUAUUCAUCCCGACGCAGGCAGUGGGUGCCAUCAUUGGGAAGAAAGGCCAACACAUUAAACAGCUGGCGAGAUUUGCUGGCGCCUCUAUCAAGAUCGCACCAGCAGAGGGUCCAGAUGCCAGCGAGAGGAUGGUGAUCAUCACCGGGCCCCCGGAAGCCCAGUUUAAGGCCCAGGGCCGGAUAUUUGGCAAACUGAAGGAAGAAAACUUCUUUAAUCCCAAAGAAGAAGUAAAGCUUGAAGCCCACAUCAAGGUGCCUUCCUCUGCAGCUGGACGCGUGAUAGGCAAAGGUGGCAAAACGGUGAAUGAACUGCAGAACUUAACCAGUGCAGAAGUCAUUGUCCCCCGUGACCAAACUCCUGAUGAGAAUGAGGAAGUUGUCGUUAAAAUCAUUGGGCAUUUCUUUGCCAGUCAGACUGCACAGCGCAAGAUCAGGGAAAUCGUACAGCAGGUGAAGCAGCAGGAGCAGAAACAUGUUCAGGGAGCUCCUUCCCUACAGCGCAGCAAGUGAGGCUCCGACACACCAGCCAGCAACAACCGAUGAAUGUAGCCCUUCCAACACCUGCCAGAGCGCCAGAUCGGGGAGCCAACCAAAGACCCUCCUGAGGCAUAAACGUCUGCCCACGGCUGGGCUGUGCAGAGAACUCACAGUGGGGAGGGGGAGGGUUCCAACCCACUCACACUGACGAUGCCACACAGCAGGGGCUCUGCAGACUCUUCCAGGCCACAGCCUCCAUGUUCCUCUAUUUACUAGCACGACGCUAUCCCUUUAGUUGGACUAACAUAGGCGGAGAUGGGGCAAACAACCCACUGACAGCUCUUUAGGACCCACUCUUUGUGCACGUGUGCACAUACUAGAUGAGAAGAUUUUUACAGUGCAUGGGCUGCAGUGCAUGAGGUGGCACUCGCAGCAUUAAUAUAUUUUAGAAUUAAUAUAUCUGUAACGAAACUAACCGAUUUUUCUUUUUUGAAAAAAAAAAGUAAUUUUUUAUUUUUUACUUGUUUUUUGGGGCUUUUUGUUUUACGAAAAAGCAGGCUUUUUUUAGACCUCUAAGGAAAGAAACGAGUCCACUUGGAUAUCUAAUAUACAAUAGACUGAAGAUACUGCCAGCAGCAAAAUUAAAAGAGGGUAAAAAGUGGCAAUUUCCAUAAAGGUUUUAGGAAGAGCAGCGUUUGGAUUGUCUGUCUGUGCCAACACAAGGGAUACCGUCUCUUAGAAGAGGAAUCUCUCUAUAUAUCUCUGUCCAGCUCACAUACCUGUUUCUCUUUGCUUCACAGAUUCCACACUGGUUUUUGCAUCCUGUCCUAUUCCCUCCCUCUCACUUUCUCUCUCUCUCUCUCUCCACCACCACAUCAGCUGUGCUCUAAGUAACACACCACCGAAAACAAACACAAGAAACACCCAGCCACAACUUCCACUUUGAUUAUCACCCAACCCAGCCACCAUGGUACUUGUACUAGCAUUUUUGCAAAAAAAGAAAGAAAGAAAAACAAGAAACCUCAGUGCCCCCAGCCACGCAGAAGCUUCAGCCCCUGUGGGGGGAGGACACUGCAUCAGGAUGGGGGAAGGGGCUUUUCUUUCUUUCUUUUUAUUUUUUAAAUGGGGGGAGGGGAGACACAAAUAACUUACAAGAUGUUGUUGGCCCAGGGCAUGGAAAUUGCAAUUUUUUUUUUUCUUUUUAAAUAAGAGGAAAAAAAAAAAAAAAAAAAAACUACCUCAGGUGUUUUCGUACCUCAGCACCUUGCCCUCGUGUUUCCCUUUUAGAGAUUUUGUAUGCCUUGUAAAACUGAUAGUUGGAGCAUUUUUUUAUUUUUUUAAUAAAAAUGAGUUGGAAAAAAAUCUAGACCAAGUCAGCUGCCCAGCGGGAGAAGGUGCCGUCCCGCGUGUGCAACGACAGCUCUGUAUUAUCUUUCUGCUAGCUGAGAGCCGAUGGCCUUUCCUUUGGAGAAACCUUGAAAAUGUUCUUAGAAACAAACUGACAAAAAGACAACCCGAGAGAGAAAGGAUUGAAGUAGAACUCCUGAGUUUUGAUAGGGCACACGCCAUUAGAGUUUUCUACGCUAAAGGAUGACCAUGUACUGGUUUACGUGAACAUACCAUUGUACCAACAGACUGCAAUGCCAGUUUCCUCUACUGCAAACAGUGUUCUGUGAAAAAAAGAAAUAUAUCCAGCUAACAAGA